UAAAACUGUGUGCCGAUUUGGAAUAUCGGAAAAGACACGAGGCCGCCACACGCUCCCUGUCAAGACUCGAGAGUUCCGGUGUUCACCAAAACCACCGGCCAACGCUCUGCGGAUCUCACCUUCAACUUCAAUCGUCAACCGCCGAACGCCGGUUUCGACUCUACUUCUGUCAUGACUUUACUCGAAGAAGAGAGCUUAAAACUUACCGAAGUUCAAAGGCUUGAAGGUCAUACUGAUAGGGUAUGGGGUCUAGCUUGGAAUCCGGCUACUGGAGCCGACGGUGUACCUGCUGUCCUCGCUUCUUGUAGCGGGGAUAAGACUAUCCGAAUCUGGCAACAACGGAGCCCUUCCUCUACUUCCUUUGAUUGCAAGGCAGUAUUAGAAGACACACAUAGUCGAACAGUUAGAUCAUGUGCUUGGUCGCCAUCUGGUAAACAAUUAGCAACUGCAAGUUUUGAUGCCACUACCGCUAUUUGGGAACAGAAUGGAAGUGACUUUGAAUGUGUAUCCACUUUAGAGGGGCAUGAAAAUGAAGUGAAAAGUGUGUCAUGGAAUGCAUCUGGUUCUCUUCUUGCAACUUGUAGUCGAGACAAAUGUGUUUGGAUUUGGGAAGUUUUACCAGGAAAUGAAUAUGACUGUGUCUCUGUUCUUCAAGGACAUACACAAGAUGUUAAAAUGGUUCAGUGGCAUCCAACUGUUGAUGUUUUAUUCUCUUGUAGCUAUGAUAACACCAUUAAGGUUUGGGCAGAUGAUGGUGAUAGUGAUGAUUGGCAUUGUGUGCAGACUUUAGGCGAAUCAAAUAGUGGACACUCAUCAACAGUAUGGGCAUUAUCUUUUAAUAGCACUGGAGACAAAAUGGUUACAUGCAGUGAUGAUCUGACCAUUAAGGUGUGGGAUGUGGAUAUUAUAAGUUUGCAAUCUGGUGAUGGCAAUGCAUCUUGGAGACAUGUUUGCACGAUGUCUGGUUAUCAUGAUCGGACAAUUUUCUCUGUCCAUUGGUCAAAGGAAGGGAUAAUAGCUACUGGAGCUGCUGAUGAUGCCAUUCGCUUAUUUGCACAAUCUCAAGAUCAUUCGGUGGAUGGAGCUUUGUAUAAGCUGCUUCUCAAGAAGGAAAAGGCUCAUGAUAUGGACAUAAAUUCGGUGCAAUGGAGCUCUACUCAGGGGAACAGGCUUCUUGCUUCAGCAAGUGAUGAUGGGACCAUCAAGAUCUGGAAGUUGGAAUCGUUUUGACUUUUGAACACUGUAAUAUUCUUGUCAAGGAAAGUAUUUUUCUUAAAUUACAUAUUUGCCCAACACUCUUUUCAGCAACUAGACUCGUUAAAAUUUCAUCUUUAUUAACCCCAUAACCAGAUUUUGUGGGUAUUUUUGGCAUAUGCCAAUAAACAGAUAUAUUUUUCGAACCUG